AUGAGAGUGGAUAAAUCGGGAAGUUAUCACACAGGUGUAUCGCAGCAACUCAAAGCUUCAGUUGAAAUAGCUUUUAUGAUAGCAAAGCAAAAGGAACGUCAUACUAUCGGUGAAGAAGUAAUAAAACCGUGGAUCCUAAAAGCCACGCAGAUAAUUUUAGGAGAAGAUGCAGAGCAAAGAAUGAAGAAGAAGAAUUUCUCUUUCAAAUAA